UCCUAUCCAGGAAGCGCAUGCAGCAGCGGUAAGGGGAUCCGGGGAGGAGCGCUGCCUUUAUACAAGUAGCCUCGCUGUAGUCGCUUUAGGUGUUUCAUCAACACUUAUCGUCUACCUACAAACUAAUCUUGCAAUUGAUGCAACGUCCUGUAAUAAGGAUUACGUGUAAAAUGAUUCCAGCAUUAGGUAAUACUUCGGUGCGCAUGAGGGACCGUCUGAGAGUCGAGGAGACCCUCCGCUGCAUGCAGAAAGCAGGAUUGAACACCCUACAGGUGAUUUCAGACUUCGACAUGACGUUAACAAGAUUUGCACACAAUGGAAAGCGUUGUCCUACUUCUCACAAUAUUUUGGAAAUCAGCAAAAUUAUUUCUGCUGAAUGCAAAGAAAAGCUAAAGGACUUGCUCGACAAAUACUACCCCAUAGAGAUCGACUCCUCUAAGACCAUAGCGGAGAAGCUCCCCCUCAUGGUGGAAUGGUGGACAAAGGCACAUGAGCUCAUGAUGCAACAGAAGAUCAGGAAAGAUCAGCUGACCCUUGCUGUACAGGAGUCUGAUGCCAUGCUUAGGGAAGGCUACCAGGAGUUCUUCGACUGCCUCAACCAGCACAGCGUCCCCCUGCUCAUCUUCUCCGCAGGGCUGGGGGACGUGCUGGAAGAAGUGGUCCGUCAGGCGGGGGUCUUCCACCCCAACGUCAAGGUCAUCUCUAACUACAUGGACUUUGACGAGACGGGGGUCAUGACUGCCUUCAAAGGGGAGCUGAUCCACAUCUACAACAAGCGCGAGGGAGCCCUGCUGAACACGGGCCACUUCGAGGAGCUGCGCUCACGGCCAAACGUGCUGCUGCUGGGGGACUCUCUGGGGGACCUGACCAUGGCCGACGGGGUGCAGGAGGUCGAGAAAGUCCUCAAGAUAGGCUUCCUCAACGACAAGGUGGAUGAGAGGCUGCCGUCCUAUCUGAACUUGUAUGACAUCGUGCUUCUGAAGGAUGAAACCAUGGAAGUUCCUAAUGCCAUACUGGAUUUCCUCGUCGCCGACUAGUUGACUUAAAAAAAAUCACCUGCUACAUCACCUCAGAUGCUAUGUGGAAAAUGUCACAGAAUACAAGUUAUGCAAAGUGAAUUUGUUAAAAUUAGUUCUUGUUGUCAACGGUUAAGUUGACUGCCAUACCUCGUCUGCAGCAAUUGUUACUAUGGAGUGUAACGUGAAAGGUAUUGGGCAGUCUCCGAUAUAAGUCUGCUUAUAUUCACCUUUCAAAGUUGUGGAGAUUUUUUGUUAUUUCUAUGUUAGUUUUAUGCAUAUUUCAUAAGGAUAAAGGGAAAUAAGUUUAAGAGCAGAAAUAUAAGCGGGGAAAAAAGUUGCCAGUUUACUAGAGCUAACGCCAAUAUUGAGUUUUUCGCUCCAGAAACAUCUUGUCAUGGGAAUUUUUACAUUCCUUCCGCAGCAUAUAUAUAUAAUUCAAUAGUACUGAAAAUGUCUUUUGGUUCCCUUUUUAUAACAACGAUAAGCAAUGUGACUACAGCGCAGUGCUAUUAAAUUGGGAAUAUGGCAUCUGCACAGAAGUGGAUCCAUUUUGUCAACAUUGGUGCUCUGAGAAACUGCCAAAACUUUUAAUGCCGUUUUAUUUCAAGACCUUUUCAAACCUUUCAUAAAAAUAAACUGCAUAGAUCCAGACUUGAUACUAUUGAUUUGGGAAGUACCAAUUGAAUAGAUACAAGAAAAAUACAUUCUGUUACUAUGUGUGAACAUUUGAACACAAAUGUGAACAUUUGUGCUGAUGCAUAAGUGUUUUAAUAAAAGAUGCAUAUUGUCAACAGUAUUUUAAAGUAUUUGCAAUUAAAGUUAAGUUGAAGGUUGAUUUGAAUUACAUUUUUAUUAUAAAAACAUUACAAGAUAUGGUUAACAAAGAACUUUUAUAAUAACAUCUCUGGUAUUGCACAUAUAUAGUUCUAUGCACUGGCCUGAACCUGAUGCCUGGCAGUGGGAAUUCAUGUCAGACCCACACACAUGCCUUCUUUACAUAGGCUGUUCACCUUAUCUUAAGACAUUUGUUACAAUGGGCCCAGCCCAAAUGGUUCAUAACGCAUUUAGGGAAGUGUUCUUGAGGAAACAUAUCUUUACUGAAUAGAUUAAUAUUGUUUCACAUUUUGGAAUUAUCUUUUUUAAGGCCACCAA